AUGGCCUCCGAUGACCAGCCCCUGGCCUCCCUUUCCCUCACACAUGUCGCCUACAACCCCUCAGAUCCAUAUUCCUACGUUUCGGCAUGGCUGGCUCUUGUGCCGCAAGGGCUUUGUAUCAUCUACGUGACGUUGAUGUGGGCAACCCGCGAGAUUGAGGUCUGGAUGAUGUUUGCGGGGCAGAUGAGUUGUGAAGCACUCAAUUUCGCCUUGAAGCGGUGGAUCAGGGAGGAGAGGCCAAGGCAGAUCGUUGGAAAGGGCUAUGGCAUGCCCUCAUCGCACUCGCAAUUCGUUGCCUUCUUCUCCUUAUCCCUGACCCUCUUCCUUAUGCUACGACAUCAGCCGACACCUCACACGAGCUAUCGUCCGUCGACCUUUAUCGAGCGUCUCGCCUUAUCCGUUCUCGCCUGCUUCUGCGCUGUCCUCGUCGCCGUCUCGCGCAUCUAUCUCAAUUACCAUACUCCAAGACAGGUGUGGAUCGGCUUUGGCGCCGGGCUGAUCUUUGCUGUGGUGUGGUUUCUGUUCACAAGCUAUCUCCGGAACGCUGGCUGGAUCGACUGGGGCCUCGAUCUGGAAGUUGCCAAGCAAUUGCGAUUUCGAGAUCUCAUCAUGACGGAGGAUUUGCAGGACGCGGGGUGGGGUCGAUGGGAAGCCAGGCAAAGGACUCGUCGCGCCGUACCAAAUGGCGGAGUAGCAAAGCGAAAAGCCAAGUAG